CACACAGACACCAUCAUGCUACCACCCCAUCCCAUUAUCACCGUGCUUCUGCCCUCCCCUCUCCUCCAACCCUCCUCAUUCUCUCUCUCGUUCGGGUGCGCUCUCUCCCGCCCCCCACUCGCUCUCCCCACGCCAGCUCCCCUCUGUCGCCAGCUGCGGGCGCUGCGUCUUAGCGAAGCGGAGUUUGCACAUCAGUCGGUGUCACGGCGAAGAGACGGCGCGGCGCACGGUGUCGUCUCUCGCGUUCUAGCACCAUGGACAGCGGCGCUGUCUGCAAGAACGUUAUCCAUCGGCGGAUGGAGGGACCUGGGACCAGCAGUAGAUAGAGACUGGAAGGCGGUGGGUGGGCGGGCUAGCGAGCGGGCGGGCGGGCGAGCUGAGCUGGCAUCACGAGUGGCAUUCUAAUGAAUAGCACGUGCGGCUAAAUUAUUAUUUGUAAUCAGUAUCGUCAUCUUCGUCAGGAUCUUAAUCAGCAACAGCUGCUGCUGCAGAAGCGUUAUCAACAGCGGCAACAUUAUCGGCGAAACGAUCAACAGCAAUAACAGUAUCAUUUAAUUUGAGCUUUCAAUGGAGUUCAUCAUCAGCAGUGUCAGCAUCAAUUUAGAGUUCUUCAUUCGCAGCAUCAAUUGAGUUAACCAUCAUCAACAUCAUCAGCCGCAGCAUUAUCAUCAAUGGCGUUACUUAAGUCGCUACUAUCAGUAUAAUCAUCCGCACCAGUUUUUUUUUAAAUUCAACUUCUUUACAAUCAUCACCAUAUCAGCAUCGUAUGAGUUCAUCAUCACCGACAUCAGCAACAGGGGCAGUGUUUAAUUCAAUUUCUUAAUCAUCAGCAUCAUCAUUACAGCAGGGCAGCGUUUGAGUUCAUCAUCGUCGUUGGCUCGGUGCCUGGUCCGGCUGUAGUAAGGUGGUCUCUCUUCGGGCGCCCGGCAGCAAAUCGUCGGGGGCGGGCGGGAGUCGCUGUACAAAGCCAGUGCUCACUACACAGCAGCGCCUCCAGCAGCAGCGAGCCGAGCGAGGCUCUCUCGUCUCCGCGUCCCGUAGAUCCGGCGUGAAAACACCGCGCUAAUCGUAAAACAGCGACGACGACAUCUGCAACAUCUACUACAUACCAACGACAGCAGCAACCACCGACUACAAUUAUGGUCGCGUGCGGAUCACUCGGCGAUGCAUGCCGUGUGAUCGAAGCAAGAUCUUGCUCACGAGGGACUUGAUGUAAGGGAGGAGGAGGAGGAAGGGGAGGAGGAGAGAGGAGGAAGCCAAGAGGUAGCAAAAGGAAGGAAGAUCAAAGAGAGCAGGAACACAGGGAACAGGAGGGGAGGGAGAGAGGGAGGGAGAGGAGCGCAGAGGGAAUACCGGGAGGACACGAGACACCAGGAGCAGGAGAGGAGGAGGAGAAGGAGGUGUCCUCAUCACAAACACCAGAAUGGAAACCCGCGGCUCCACCACAUCCCUCGGUGGGUCUCCUCCCAAGCAGCCCCUCCCGGAGGGGCUUGACGGUAGCCACCCGGACACAGUGAACGCUCCCACCGGAGGAGGAGGUGGUGGUGGUGGUGGUGGAGAAGACGCUACGAGAUCACCGGCAGAAGAGGCCAGAGAGCCGCUGAGCCGCCGCGUUCGCCUCAACGUGGGCGGCGUGUGCCACGAGGUGCUGUGGCGCACCCUCGAGAGACUCCCGCGGACCAGGCUCGGGAAGCUCAGGGACUCGAGUGCCGAGGGAGAGGCGGCGUCCCUCUGCGACGAUCACAGCCCCGGGGAGAACGAGUACUUCUUCGACCGUCACCCGGGCGCCUUCACGUCCAUCCUCAACUUCUACCGCACGGGCAAGCUGCACAUGAUGGAGGAGAUGUGUGCCCUCUCCUUCAGCCAGGAGCUCGACUACUGGGGCGUGGACGAGAUCUACCUGGAGUCGUGCUGCCAGGCGCGGUACCACCAGAAGAAGGAGCAGAUGAACGAGGAGCUGAGGCGCGAGGCGGACACGGCGCGUGAGAUGGACGCCGAGGUGUUCGACGGCGCGUGCUGCGCGGAGAAGCGCAAGAAGCUCUGGGACCUCCUCGAGAAGCCCAACUCGUCCGUGGCGGCCAAGGUGCUGGCGAUCAUCUCGAUCCUCUUCAUCGUGCUGUCCACCAUUGCGCUGUCGCUCAACACGCUGCCCGACCUGCAGGAGACGGACGAGUACGGCAACGUGAUGGACAACCCGAGCCUGGCGCACGUGGAGGCGGUGUGCAUCGCGUGGUUCACCACCGAGUACAUGCUGCGCUUCCUCUCCUCGCCCAACAAGUGGAAGUUCUUCAAGGGUGCCCUGAACGUGAUCGACCUGCUGGCCAUCCUGCCCUACUACAUCACCAUCUUCCUCACCGAGUCCAACCACAGCGUGCUGCAGUUCCAGAACGUCCGCCGCGUCGUCCAGAUCUUCCGCAUCAUGAGGAUCCUGAGGAUCCUCAAGCUGGCCCGCCACUCGACGGGCCUCCAGUCGCUGGGCUUCACGCUCCGCCGCAGCUACAACGAGCUGGGCCUCCUCAUCCUCUUCCUCGCCAUGGGCAUCAUGAUCUUCUCCAGCCUCGUCUUCUUCGCCGAGAAGGACGAGGACGACACGAAAUUUCGCAGCAUCCCCGCCUCCUUCUGGUGGGCCACCAUCACCAUGACCACGGUGGGCUACGGCGACAUCUACCCGCAGACGCUGCUCGGCAAGAUCGUGGGCGGCCUGUGCUGCAUCGCGGGCGUGCUCGUCAUCGCGCUGCCCAUCCCCAUCAUCGUCAACAACUUCAGCGAGUUCUACAAGGAGCAGAAGCGCCAGGAGAAGGCGGUGAAGCGGCGCGAGGCGCUCGAGCGCGCCAAGCGCAACGGCAGCAUCGUGUCGAUGAACUCGCGCGACGUCUUCCCGCAGGGCGGCGACCUCUCCGACGUCCUCGUGGACCGCGGCGCGCACUCGCCAGGCAAGUGGCGGUGGAGGAAGCGCACCGUGUCGGAGACGAGCUCCGCCAGGUCCUUCGACGGCGCCGAGCGCCUCGACAGCCUCGCCGAGGAAAAUCGCAGCAACAACGCCGCCGCCGCCGCGCCGCUCAAUCUCGACGCGCAGAAGCUGAACGACGACUACAACGAGAUGGUCGGCGGGCCCGCGGCGGCCCGCGGUGGCGGCGGAGGCGGAGGAGCCACCAACGAAACUUUCGAGGACGCGUUCGCGGACAAGCUGAUGGGCUUGGAGCGUCCGCGCAAGCCGACGGAGCAGCAGCAGCAGACGACGACGACGACGUUGCUGCUGGGGCCACCGCCGCCGCUGCCACUUCCGCCGCACGGCGGCGCGGGCCCGGCGGUGUUCCCGCCCCGCGGCGGCGGCGGCGGCAUGCUGCGUGAGCCGCCCGCCGUAGACACGAAGAAGAGCUUCUCCAGCCUGGACAGCUUCGCGAGCUGCAGCGCCGACUUCCUGGGCAAGACGCCCGGCUCGACCACCACGAGCACGCCGUGCCGGCGCCGCGGCCACCAGGCGUACGGCUCGCAGGGGAACAUCCACGCCCACCCGCGCCUCCUCGCCGAGCCGCCCCGCGCCCCGCACUUCUCCAUGCCCAAGUUCGACGUGCAGCCGAGCAGCGACGGGAGCCAGACCACCGGCGUCUUCCCCGCGUACAGCGACAUGUUUGGCGGCGGCGGUUACGGCGACGGUGGCGUCGGCGCUGGCGCCGGCGGCGUUGCCGGUGUUGGCGCCGGUACCUCCAAGUUGACGAGCGCCUCCCACGGCUCCCUGCUGUGGGGGUCGCACCCAGCGGUCAACGAGCUGAACGGGAACGUCUCCUCCGUGAGGCUCGUCGUGAAGUCCGGCAGCGGGGUUCUGUCCGAGUCGGCGACGGCUGGCGGCGGCGGCGGCGGCGGCCCCAUCGCCGCGCCGGCACCGGCGGCCCCCAGCAGGGCUCACGUGGGCGAGCAGCGCAAGCCGGCGCCCCUGCUCUACAACAUCAAGGGCUCGCCGUCUGCGCCGGAGAACGGCAAGAAGAGCGCGCUGUCCUGGGAGGACGACAUGGGAGGGGCGGCCGACUUGGCCCGGGCGCUGCUGCAGGCGGAGCUGCUGGCGCCGGUCGGGCGUAACCCGGGCGGCGACGGUGACGCCGGCGCGGCCACCGCUGGCGGCGGUGUCGCGAGCGGCGCCGGCGGUGUCGUCGUCGUCGGCGGCUGCGGCGAUUUCGGCGGUUGCGCCGGCGGCGGCGGCGGCGGCGACGGCGCGCCAACGCUGGGGAACCACGUGCGCGGGGGCUUCUACGACGGCGGGCGUAACCACGUGGAGAGCUCCCCGCUGCUGGGCUCGAGGCGAGGCGACGGAGCGGGCGGGGACGGGCGCCACUUCAUCAAGCUGCACGGGCACUGCCACGCGUACAGCAAGCUGUCCAACGACGACGACGCCACCGCCUCCAGGCAGGAGGGGAAGCGGGGGGCGCGGGGCGGCAACGACGCCGACGGCACCGGCGAGGAGGGGACGGCCGAGGAGAGCGCCGCAUCGCCCGUCACUUACGAGACGCGCAUGUGAGGAGUCUUCGCGGCGGGCGGAUAUCCAGGUGGAUAUCCGGCAACGACGGCGGUGGCGGCCGUGGUGGCGGUGUUGGCGGCGGUGGCAGAUGUGGCCUUGUGCGGGGGGCGGGGGAGGGUUGGGGGGAAGUCGGACCGAUGAGAAGUGGAACCCCAGGAUGGUGAGAUCCACACGGGGAUUUUGAAAAAUCUUGUGUCGCUGUUUGUUGAUGAGGAGGAGGAGGAUAAGGAGGAGGGAGGACACAAGGGAUGUUCCUCCCCACCGAGGAGUCCAUCGCGGGUGGGGGUUUUUUUUCAAACCCACGUUCCAUUCGCGAACAUCAACGUGAAGGAUUUUGCAGUAAUUGAUACCAAUUUUAAAACAGUGACGAACGAUGAGAUAUUAUGCAAACGAUAGGCCGUCACCAAAAUAGGGACGCUGCUUCUAUUUUUUGAAGGUUGCGGUUUUCCAUCGUCAAGACGCGCUGUCAAGCUGGGGUUGCCACCUGUCCCGUAUUUUUUUACAGAAUCUUCUUCUUGUUGUUGAGGAGGAGGCAGCUGCUGUCCUCCGAAAUCUGUAAGUCUUCCCAGGUCUUUCAUAGUUCCGCUUAAUGUCAUUUUGCGUAGUAGUAGUAGUAGAAGGAGUAACAUUAAUAAUAAACGACUGGAAACGAUAUUAUAACACGUAGUUCUCUCCUCUGCUGGUAUUGAGCGAGAUUAGUAAUCCCCCGUGAUGCACCCCGUUUACUUUUUAUAUUUUUAACCUACAGAGGUGAAAGCUCUCUACGCCACGCGCCACCUGCGUGUGUGCAUUAAAAACUAAAAUUUGCACAGUUUUAAUGCAAAGAGAAGAAGCGGAGUUGUGAUUUCUCAGUUUCUCGAUGAGGACUCUCUCGGGGAGGUCCACGACCUUAUGACCUCCGAGGCCAACUGCCGCCUGCGGUCAGCAGCAGAGUUUGCCCGGAGGGCACUGCGAGCGCUUUUGCAAGAGAAUCCCCGCGGGCUACCGGGAGAUGUUGGUGUAGUGGCUGUAGCGAAUUGUAUCUGUCUGGCGUGACAUCCUUCGCCGAAUACACACACAGUGCACACGCACGCACGCACGUGUUUAUGCAUGAAUGUAAAUUAUAUAUAUGUACAAAAUUAUGCGGUCAUCGACGGGUCGUGAACAAGAGAGUUCGUAAGUUAAAAAAAAGAUUCCCAACGCUGCGUUGGUUGGCGUCGCUCCGUAUUUACGCGCAUUGAUGUCGGGUGUUUUGCAGUAUUGAGGAUGAUGACGCGGUAGGCGUGAGUAAGCGUAACCCCCCCCCCCCCUUUUUUUACAAUUUAAAUCAACAACAACAACAAAAAUAUACAAAAGGGAUGCGGACACUCGGCAGUCGUCGAAAAUAUAUUUCCUUUCUCUUUGUAGUAUUUUCAACAACAACAACAACAAUAAAAGCACUCGGUCAUCGGUCGACAACGAAAGGAAGAGGGGUAAUGGUGUUGGGGUUGUUUUUUGGUUUAUUUUUGCGCGGUGAAUUUUGCUCUUGAGCAAAGGUGCGGGAAUCGUUCGUGGCGAGGGACUGGAGGGAAGCGAGAGACGAGAGACGACACGGCCACUGCGCAGCUGAAACACUUUACAGCAUUGCUUUGAAACUUUCGUGACUGCAGGAAUCCAUACUUUUGUUCUUUCGUGACUUUACCGAAAGAACCAAAAAGUAUACUUUACAGCAUUUGAAUGUCCUCCCGCCCCCGCCCGCAGUCAACCCACCACCCACCCACAGUUGAAAGUCAAAGAGGCAAUAAUUGUUACCGAAUGUAAUCGUGAUCGUCACCUCUUGUGUCCGGCUUGCGUGCUAAGCUCAAUUGUAAGUCGUGCACGUUGAAUGAUAUUACGGACAUUACGAAAAAAAUGUACGAUAAUUUAUCGUGUAAAAUGUGAUUUAAACGUGUUUUGAGAGCGAGAUACUGAAACUAUGAAAAGUUGAUCACAUUUUGGGUCAACUCGAUCUUGAAUGAAUCCUCAGUGUCGGUUUUCCGUUCUCAGGUGAUGACGCGUGCAGGUGAAUUUGCAGUUUUUGAGAAACUUGAAUUGCCCGGCAGUGGCUUCGUCAUCAGCGCUUUCUCAUACGGAGAAGCCAAAUACUCACAUGGAGACCCACAGACUCCCAUAGAGAUCCAUAGAUUACCACAGAGAUCCAUACACCCCCAUAGAGAUCCCCUACGCUCACUCAGAGACCCAUAGACUCACGUAGAGACCCAUAAACUCAAAUGAAGGUCCAUAGACUCCCAUAGAUGCCCAUUAACUCAUGAAGCGACCCAUAGACUCACACAGAGACCCAUAGACUCAC